AUGGCCUUCUCUCGUCUUAUCCGUUUUCAAAUCGCCGGGGGUGAGGAAGUUUUCUUCGCCGACCUCGGUGCUGACGGUUCCGCCCCAGAAGACAACAGGCAACUUAUGGCUUUCAAGUCUUUUGGAGAUCUCGUUGCUAGAAAUAACGGUUCAGUCGUUUCUGUGGGCAAGCUCAUGGCACCACUGCCGCAGCCGCAAUUGCCCAUCUACUGUGUUGGAUUAAAUUACAAAUCUCAUGCGGAGGAGUGCAAGAGUUCUAACACCUACCGGCUCUCAAUAUCCAAAUCUCCACCUUUGUGGGGCAAGCCAGCGGCAGCAUUGGCUGGUCCUGGUGAGACAAUAGCGUUGAAUGCAUUCCAAGCAUCCAGCUGGCCUGAUUAUGAGGGUGAGCUGGUGUUUGUCUCCUCACGAGAGGUCAAAGACGUGACAGUUGAAGAGGCGUCAAACGCUAUCGCUGGCUUUACCAUAGGUAACGAUCUAUCAUGCCGCAAGUUUCAGAUGCCUGGGGAGGGGGGUGGACAAUUCUUCUUUGCAAAGGCGUUUGACAAGUUCGCUCCCAUGGGGCCAGUUCUCGUCAGUCCAGAUUUAUUUCGGGGACCAGAGAAUGGAAGGAUCACGACCAGUGUCAACGGUGAACUGCUGCAAGACGCACACCACAAAACCGAUGCAAUUUGGUCUUGCGCUGAGAUCUUGAGCUUCAUGAGCAAUGGCACAACCAUUCCAGCUGGGACGGCUGUGAUGACUGGAACACCGGCUGGGAUUGGUUUGCUGAAGAAGCCACCAAAGUUUCUGAAAGAUGGAGAUGUCAUAGAUAUUGAGAUUUCGGGUAUUGGGAAGCUAACCAACAAGAUUGUCUUUAGAUAA